AUGGCAAUCGCACGUUUAACAUUCUCAAUUGGCACGAGUAUCCGCAGAAAAAUUAGAAAGCAGCUAGAAAUCUUGUUUUCUUUGCAUAGAGCAAGCAAACUGACUUCGCAGACGAGCGAGGCAACGAAAAGCGUCGCGGUGAAGGAAGAGCCGGCGGACAGGGGAUACGGCGAGCCGAUUUCCGUCGCCGCCAUACCGACGACGACGGCCCAAGACACGCGAAACAACAACAACUUGGUCUACCAGCAGCAACAAUAUGGAAGCGGAACGAGGAACAGUAGAGGUUCGCCGUCGCCCAACAGACCAGCCAGCACGUCUUCGGCAGCUUCCCAAUGGCAGUCGACUGUGUCAGCGUCCACCGACGCUUUCUUUCCGCGGCAAGAGAACUGGAGUUCGGAUGUGUACGGCAGAAGAAGCGUGACCCCCACGUGGACGGAGCUUGGUGCUCAAUUAGACAGCAGGAACCCGUCGUGGGAGAGACAGGGGAACUGCUACCAGAAGAAAGGCUCGCCCAGCUCGUGGAACGCGGACUAUGCUGGCAAAAGGCCGUCGUCGACGACCGGUGUGUCGCCGUGGAGCGAGAUGACAGUGGGAUAUCAGCAGCAACGACGUGGAUCGCUUCAGCUUUGGCAGUUUCUAGUUACGCUCCUAGACGAUCCUGCGAACGCGCCGUGUAUUGCGUGGACGGGUCGCGGAAUGGAGUUCAAGCUUAUAGAACCGGAAGAGGUAGCUCGUAGAUGGGGUGUCCAAAAGAACCGUCCUGCGAUGAACUAUGAUAAACUCAGCAGAUCGCUGAGGUAUUACUACGAAAAGGGUAUAAUGCAGAAAGUAGCGGGUGAAAGAUAUGUGUACAAGUUCGUGUGCGAUCCGGAAGCCCUGUUCAAUAUGGCGUAUGGCACGGGAGGGUCGUCGAGUCUUCCCAGCGAAGUACAGAAUGGCGUUCGAAGCCAGUCUAUAUCUAGUAAGAUAUCCACUACGAACGAUGUCUCCGAGCUGGGAAAACAUUCUGCCAAUGGCUAUGGGGACGCUGUUCUUGCCAUGUACUCGAACACUGCAGCGGUGUACGGAUCGUCCAGCCUGCACCAUUUGCACCAGUACCUAGGUGGCAACGACGGUUUCAAGACACCUUCGAACAGAUAUCAUCCCCAUUACUCGCACGAGUACAAUAGCGCCCAUCAUCAUCCUCCGUCAAGCUACGCGGAGACCUUUUUAAACUACGGCCGCCUAUCUAGCCACGAAACACCAACGGAAUCGAGGACUCAGGAUUUAUCGAGGAUCCCGUACUGCCAAGAGACCGACGGCAUCACCAGGGAACGGGAAACCUCGUCGAUUUUAUACGAUGGCGUGCAGAGAACGCAAUUACCGGCCGCGCCGCAGCCAACCUUGCUAGAUGCCACCACCACCAGCUCGAAGAUCGAGCAAACUUCGUACGCCUGCCUCGGCGUUGGCAGUUGCGUCUCCAUGGCAAAAAUCAAAUCUUCGGAACCCGAGGAAACUGGAAUGGGUUUCAAGGACAAGCAGAAGGCAUUGGACACCCUGAAGGUGCUGGACGGUAGGGACAUCAGCUACCAGUACCAUGUGAUCGUGAGUUUCGUCAGCCGUGCCAAGAGAACGCUGCAGAUCACCAGGGAUGAAGAGAAGCUGGCCAAUUUGAAGGAAGCCCUGCAAGUCUUCGAGGAAUGGCUGGCUGAUUACAAGGAGAACAAUCGCAGCAAGGAGAAUCUCGCUUACCUGCCGAUCGAGACGGUGAAAGGUUUCCGGGCACUUGCCAAGAAGUAUGACGUCCUCGACGAUGAAUUCUACAAGGCCUACAAAAAGGAAAAGGGGGAUUACAAAAGUAUGCGAUCCGUGAAAGUCCCGGAUGCGAGUACCACUUGGGACAUCGAGAGGAAUCGGAGGCUAAAGGAGAUCAUCGAUAAGAUCAAAAAGGACCGUAUACUCUGGUACGAGACGGACGUCGGCGACUUCCGCGGGCUGCCCACAAAGGAGCACGUUCGGUGCAUCAUGUUGGGAUACAGUCCAGAUCCCAGCAAGGUGAAGAAGCUGAUUGCAGAGGUGGAAGAGAAGUUCGGAGACGAAUGUAGCGAGGACAUGGAGGUUGACGACGAGCAAAAGGAGAAGGGCACGAAGAGGAGUCACGACAGUUCAUCCAGCAGCGACGAAGAAGAUGAAAAGCCGGAGAGGAAAGUUGCGAAACGAACGGGGGACGACAACAAGGAAGAGAAAGAAGAGACCGGGCUCAGCUUCAAAGACAAGGAGAGAGCUUUGAGGAGCAUCGAGUCGCUGGAUGGAAGGGACGUAAGUUAUCAGUACCACGCGAUCACAGGCCUGAUGAAAAGGGCGGAGCGCGUGAUAUCGUGCACAAAAGACGAGCAAAAGAUCAAGAACAUGAAAGAGGCUGUCGGGGUAUUCGAGAAUUGGAUCACGGACUACAACGUCAACGGCAGGGCCAAGGAGAACUUCAACUACUUGCCACUCGAUCUGGUGCGAGCUUUCAAAUCACUGGCGGAUAGAUAUGAAGUCGAGAAUAAUGGAUUCCUCAAAGCGUACGAGGACGUGGAAGGUGACUACAAGAAGCUCAGGACUGUGCAAGUCUCAGAUUCUGAGAAUGUUACUUGGGACGUGGAGAGGAAUAAGAACCUGAAGAGCCUGAUGGCUGAUAUUAAGGAGAAGAACAGUAAAUGGUUCCAGACAGAGGGUGAAUUAGAGGGUUUGCCCACCGAGGAACACGUUCGGUGCAUAAUGUGGGCAUUCAGUCAUGACUCGGGGAAACUCAAGAAACUUCUGCCCGUGUUGACUGAGAAAUUAAAGUCGUAAACGAAGAUCACGUGUAACGCAUUUAUUAACAUUAAUGCUUUACCUGCCGCUAGUUUUUUGAUGAUCAUUUUAAAGUCACUGCGCUAAGGAAUAUUUAAUGAAUCUUUAAACUACAACGGCAGAUAUAAUCCAUGUCUAGUGGUUUACCCAGGUAUCCGUCAAUAGACUUCCGGUAGGUGAACUGUUGAUUAAUAAAAAGUAACGCGAGUUCGUUACGAUUGUACAGAUGUACGCAAACUUUUUUGUUACCUUUUCGAUCGAAUGCGCGUCGGAGGCGCGUCAGCACCAAUA